GUGACUCGCGUAUUCUGGUUCCUGUCUCCUGCCAUCACCGUCGUCGGCCGCUCUUCCAAUCGCUUGAUGCGAGAGAAGGCUAGAUAAGAGCCGCUGGUCCAUCGCUCUACUUCCCCACCCUCAUGCACUCCGCCGUCACCGUCCAGCUCAAUGGGGGCGAGUACCCCAACGCCCAGUGGGACCGCUCGACCCCGUUCGCUAUCGACACGCACAGACCCGUCGACGACAAGUACGCUUCAAAGGACAGCUCCCCCUCGUCCUUCUCCUUUCCCUCCCUCAGCGACCUGUCCGUCGCGAAGUUGCUAGGCAGGCGGGAUGCGCCGCAGUCGGCCAGCGGCAGCAGCGCCGAUCAGUCCACAGUGACUUUCGUGCUGCUCUGUGGCCUGUGGUACAUGUCCUCCGCCCUGUCGUCUAAUACCGGCAAGGCCAUCCUCACCCAGUUCCGGUAUCCGGUCACGCUCACCUUCGUCCAAUUUGGCUUCGUUGCGGCGUACUGCCUGUUGUUCAUGUCGCCGGCGGUGCGGUUUGCAAGGUUACGGACGCCGACGCGGGCGAUCAUCCGGAGUACGCUUCCCAUGGGGGCGUUUCAGGUCGGCGGACAUAUGUUCUCGAGCAUUGCCAUCUCGCGGAUACCGGUCAGCACGGUGCAUACGAUCAAGGCACUAUCGCCGCUAUUCACCGUCGCUGCAUACGCCCUGCUCUUCGGCGUCAGCUAUUCUGCGAAGACGUAUCUAUCCCUCCUCCCCCUUACCCUUGGCGUCAUGCUAGCCUGCUCAUUCGACGUAUCAGCGUCGAACUAUGUUGGCUUGUUGUGUGCCUUUGGGUCCGCCAUCGUCUUCGUUAGCUCGAACAUUUUCUUCAAGAAGAUCAUGCCAUCGACGCCGAGCGGCCACGGCCAGUCGUCCACGCAGAAACUCGACAAGCUCAACCUACUCCUCUACUCCUCCGGCAUGGCCUUCCUGCUCAUGAUACCCAUAUGGCUUUACUACGACCUCGCGCCCCUUCUCUCUGCGCAUGAAAACCCCGCACACGUCUCGCAUCCGAAGGAAGGCCACACAACGCCGCACUCCGUGAUGUACUACUUCUUCAUGAACGGCACCGUCCACUUCGCGCAAAACAUCAUUGCCUUCGUCAUCCUCGCAUCGACAUCGCCGGUCACCUACUCCAUCGCGUCGCUCAUCAAGCGCGUCGCCGUCAUAUGCAUAGCGAUCGUCUGGUUCAACCAGAGUGUGCACCCGGUCCAGGCACUGGGUAUCAUGCUCACGUUCGGCGGGCUGUACAUGUACAACCAGGCCAAGUCGGAUGUGGAGCGGGGCGAGAAGAAGAUGCAGCGCGUCGAGGCCGCGCGCGAGCUCAUGCUCCCCAUGACGAAGGGCGAAAGCAAGAUGAUGAACGGGUCCCCGAUACCCUCGCGCUCGGUCACGCCGAACAUCCUGCAAGCUGCCACCGCGACGGGCAUGGGACAGAGAGAAAACAGCAUGCACGGGCGUACACGAAUAACCCUGCCGCCGCGUCAUGGGCCAUCAUACUCGCCCCCUACUCUACACGGGAAGGAGCACCCACCACCACCCCAACUUGCGCCGCUGAAGAUCGCCCCGCCGACCUUCACGCAGCGCCACUCGCCUGUGAGGGAGACGCGGUCGCCCUCGGACUCGUACCCAUCGCCCCCGUUGUCUCAGGACUCGCCACCUACGCUCAGUGUGCCCUUAGUACCGGCCUAGUGCAACUUUUGUACCGUGCGCAGGGAGCGCGCGCAAUCCUUGUACUACCCACCCGCGCCCAUAUGGCGUGUACGAAGCACACUAACACAUAUGAUACAGUGCGAACGGAGCAGCGGACUACCUACACUAGAUUACUGGGUAGAUGGGAUCUAUUGGCGUCUAAUGGGCCGCUACAUUCAUUUCUUUGGACAUAUAUCAUGCUUAACUAUUUCUUGCUGCCUGUCUUCU